UGGUGGGGGUUCUGAGCAUCGCUAAGACAGGAAGGGCUUUCCAAGUGGGUAACGCUGGUAGUGGAGUAACUCGAAGAAGCUGACGCUUUAUUAAAGAAACAGAAGACUUGAGAGCCGUCUCCUCUCUUCCUUCCCCUUCCCUUUUCCCCUUCCUCUUCCCCUUCCCCUUCUCCGCGACUCUCUCUGCCUCCCCCUCUUUAUCAGCCCCCAGGACAUGUGGCUUUGCCAGGGCCAGCUCUGUCCCCGCCUCCUGCCCUGCGGGGUCUUGGGGCGGGGGCCGUGGCCCGGCCCAGGCCGGAGCUCCCGGGGUGUCCCCGCCGCGUCCCCGCCCGGCUGACCCCGCCCUGCAGCCGUCGGCUAUUUUGGGCGCGUUGGCGGCGGCCGGAUCGCUGACAGUCGCGGAUCCUGUGACACCUCCGGGCAGCCCGGCACUUGUUGCUCCCAGGACCUGUUGUCAUCCCCUUAACCCGGCUUUCACCGUGGCCCCCUGCCUCCUCCCGGCUUCUCUCCUUUUCUUGUAAGCACCUGGGACACUGAUCUCUCAGACCCCGCUGCCAGGGCUGGAGAAAUAGAUGGUUUUAUGAAAAAUUAAACACCGCCCUGAAGAAGGGCCCCGCUGGGCAGCGGCAGGAGCGCAGAGUGCUGGCCCGGGCGCUGCAGAGGUGGCGCCUCCCCGGCCCGGGACGGUGGCCCCGGGCGCCAACAGCAUGACAGACUCGGCGACAGCUAACGGGGACGACAGGGACCCCGAGAUCGAGCUCUUCGUGAAGGCUGGAAUCGAUGGGGAAAGCAUUGGCAACUGUCCAUUCUCUCAGCGCCUCUUCAUGAUCCUCUGGCUGAAAGGAGUCGUGUUCAAUGUCACCACUGUGGAUCUGAAAAGAAAGCCAGCCGACCUGCACAACCUAGCCCCUGGCACGCACCCGCCCUUCCUGACCUUCAACGGGGAAGUGAAGACAGAUGUCAAUAAGAUUGAGGAGUUCCUGGAGGAGACCUUGACCCCUGAAAAGUACCCCAAACUGGCUGCAAAACACCGGGAAUCCAACACAGCGGGCAUUGACAUCUUUUCCAAGUUCUCUGCCUACAUCAAAAACACCAAGCAGCAGAACAAUGCCGCCCUUGAGAGAGGCCUAACCAAGGCUCUAAAGAAAUUGGAUGACUACCUGAACACCCCUCUACCGGAGGAGAUUGACGCCAACACUUGUGGGGAAGACAAGGGGUCCCGGCGCAAGUUCCUGGAUGGGGAUGAGCUGACCCUGGCUGACUGCAAUCUGUUGCCCAAGCUCCAUGUGGUCAAGAUUGUGGCCAAGAAAUACCGCAACUAUGAUAUCCCAGCUGAGAUGACAGGCCUGUGGCGGUACCUCAAGAAUGCCUAUGCCCGUGAUGAGUUCACUAACACCUGUGCAGCUGACAGUGAGAUCGAGUUGGCCUAUGCUGAUGUCGCCAAACGCCUCAGCCGAUCCUGAGCACAGCCAUUUUGCCCCAUCCCCACCGCAGAAGGACACCGCAGAACCACUCCCCUAAGACUCCAGCUUCAUAGACUCCUCUUUCUCACUGCCUUGAGGCACACUUUUUGUAAUCAAGCCUCAUCCUUGCUGGUAUUAUGGGAACUCCAGCUUGCUCUCUUUCAUGAAAGUCAGCACCAUCCCUGGCCUCCUCACAUAGGAAUCUAGCAGAAAUGAUAGACACAGUCCACCUCUUGGCCUGCCAGCCUGAUCUGGGCUCAGCAUGUUUGGGGUCAGUCAGUGUUGGAGAGCCCACAUAUGGGAUUGCUACUGGCUUCUUCUGCCAAUAUCAAAAUACGUUCUCAGAUGCUUUAGAAACGUGCAACACCAGCUCCUUUUCCACCCUCCUCUCCGUCCAUACCUACAAGGCCAAGGACAAAUGCCAACUUCAUCCUUCUUAGAAAGAGAUCUAUUACCCACAGAGAGAGUGAAUGGAGGAGGACCGAGCUGGCUGUGGACUUGGGUGUCUGGUAGACACAGCUUCAGUCUUACUACUUCUGACACCGGUUAUUGGGCACUAAAGGCCAGACUGGAAAGUCACUUGAGACACAGUCUCAGUUUGUUGCAGUGCCAGAAAUGCUGUGCUGCUGCUGCUGCGCACCUGGCCCAUGCAGUCCCUGGCUUCCAUGCUGUCCAGGUCCUGCCAGAAAAGGAAAUUGGCAUGCAAUUCUAAACUGCAGUGACUGGGAUGGGAGGGGAGGGGAGCAGUGUUGAUGCCAAAAGGCCCACAGGGUCUACCAGCCAUGGGGUUUGCUUGCUUAGGAGUAGUUGUUUCAGUGGUGAUUACAGGCCUGGGUUUGACUAUGCUUACCAGUGAGUGGUUUUUGAGCUAUGAGAAAGUGGAUGGGAGUGGGAGGAGGAGGGAUGGGUGAAGACAAAAGAGUUCUUUAUGACUCUUGAUGUUCCCUGGUAAACUUUUAAAAAGGCCUUCUCUCAUGAUCUAAGUCUUGGACUGGUGGCGUCAUGUAACUGCUAACCGUACAGUAAAAACCCAAGAACGGGCCAAAAACGUCUUCCCGGUUUCUCCAAGCUGCUUCUGGAAUGCAGGUCUGUUGGCUGGGUGCUCUCCAGCAGUUGCUCCUGCCUGAUUCGGCUGUAGCCUAUAAUGGAUAAGAGCCACAUUUAGGAGGUGGUCUGAUCAUGGAACACCUUAGGAAGAAAGUCCAUGAGCCUUUCUGACUAGAAAACCAUGUGGUUUGAACUUGAAGAAAAAUAUAGACCCAUCUGGGUUAAUUUUCCUACAAUUAGACUUAACUGCCAGAUUAAAAAAAAGAAAAAAAUUUUAAGCUAAUAUUUCACUCUUUUGUCAUUCUCCUUGAGUUUCAUCUCCUAAAAAGCUUACCCAGCCCGAGCUUGGGGACCUGCGCAGAGGAAACUAAGAAAAAUGCUCUCAUCAACUCCCUCUCCCAGUGAAUGCCCAGUGAGAAAAUCCAUUUGCCACAGGCCCUUACCUUCAACAAUCCCCCUUCUAUGGUGUUCGCUGGGAAAGGGUGAGGCUCCCAAGUGCCGGAAAGCCCCUGGACUUGGCUCAUUUCUCAGCAAGGGCAGGACAGCACGGGUCCUUUCCAUAGAAACAUCAACAAAUUCUAACCCAAGCAAUCCCUGGACCUACCUGCCUCCAGGGAUCUCUGAAGAAAAAAGGUGACCCAUUGAUCAAAUCAGAGGAGAGGAAGCAGGAGGCCUCCUAGAGCCCACUGAGGAAGAGGAACUUUCUCAGUAGGACACUUUAUAAGCCUGAGAAAGCUUUGAAAAGACAGAAUGAGUUGAUUCAUUUCCACCUCUAAAGGAACCUUUCCAGGUCCCCCUGGAAACUGUGCCCUGGAGAUGUUUAACAAGGAGAACUGGUGAGGAAACAGUCCUUUUUUACUGUAGGGAAAAGCCCCAAACUAGCCUCCUGGGGAAUGAGGGCUGGAAUGAUCCCGAAGGCCUUUUAAUUAGUGUGAAAUCCUGCUGUACUCAGAAAUCCUUCCCCGAAUUUACAGCACAGGCAAGAUGACCUAAGAGGCAGUUUACUUCCCUGAGACCCACAGUUGGGCUGUUCUGGAAACACAUCUGUGAAUCAUAGCCAAUUGCCACAGAGAAAACAGAACCAAGCAUCCGGUGAGGCGACUCCACCCCAGAGAAGGCUGCAGAAUUCCAAGGACUCGGAUUGGAUGUUCAGAAUUCAGCAACUGGCAAGUCCUUAAGAACAAACAGGCCAAACCAAAUCAAUAUUGCUGUUUCUAGAUGUCCCUUCUUGUGGUUGAGUUAGUUUUACAGAGAUAAAUAUAUUAAGGCAAGGAGGUGGGGAUGUUAUAUGAUCAAUUAUAGCCAUUUAAAAGAGAGGGAGGAGUUACAGAAGGAAGGCACUUCUGGGUCCUUAAUUCAGAAAUAUCUUCAUAUUUCACCACUGGUUUGUCAUAUAACAAAAGUGAUUGUGGACUAAGAGUUAUGGUGUCUUAUGACUAGAUUUAUUAUGGUAUAUUAAAGUAACAAUACUACACAGCACUUUUGGGGGUGGGGGAAGCAGGGUAGUGGGAGACGAAGAGAGAAGCAAGAGUUAAACUCAGAAUAACUGAGUUGAAUUCACCGUCUAUUCAGCACUGCCUGCUUCUGAGGUUGGCCCAGAGAGAAGGUAUUGAGUAAGAGCUUAACAACUAUAAAAAGUAAGCUGGAUAAGUAAAAUCAUGAUGGAUCCAGAGCACAGCUUCUUCAGCUCCUGAUAAAGAAAGUCAAAUGCUUGAUAAAUUCAGUCACAAAUGUGAGCAUGGCUAUAUUCUUUUAAACAAGAGGUAGAGUGACCUAGCACUAAGCAAAUGAGCUGAAAUGCCGGAAAUACAGUCCAUCAGCUUAUUGGCCACAUGAUCCCAAACUAGUUUUAGCUUGGGAAAUGGGCCUGUCCUCAGCGUCACCUUCUUGUGCUGGUGGGGCCAGCGAAGUCUUGAUCUUAUCAGAAAAAGGCCACACCAAGAGUGAGGUUUCCCGGGCUGCCUUUUCAGGCCCUCGUCAAAUGAAACAACAGAAGCUCUUCACAGUUCUGUGCCCCAUGGCCACUCCACAGACAAUACCAAGCAUCUUGAAUUGUCAUAAGAUGGGUCAUGCCUGAAAUAGAUCUUGACCAUAUGAGAUUCCCAGAAAUCAGCAAGGCCUGGACAAAUAGAAUUAAGAGGGAGGCAGAGGCAAGAAUGUGCAGAUCGACCUUAUAAAGAGUUUAGCAUCACUGUGAGAGACUGUGUCUAAAAUUAAACUGAUCUAGAAGCAGCAGGUAGGUAUUUGGUAAGUACUUCUGUGACUUGUCUCAAUGCCCACUGGCCAGGGGUCAUCUCAACUGCACAGUGAAUCAAGAUGCUGGUGUCAUCCUCCUUGGAAAGAGGAAAUGUUAAUUCAUGGUUAAAACUAAGUACAAUGAUUCCCAAGGGAUCACUUUCUUAUUUUUUUAAAUGACAUUAAGGAGAAUCUUUAAAAAAGCAUCAGAGGAAGACGGGUGCAUGUGAAGCACCCUGAUUCUGAUGUUAUGAGAACUUAAGUGAACAGGACCCACUGCACACAGCCCCAUUGUCUUCUAUCCAUUUCUCUUUAUCAUUCAAAGCAAGCAACAUGUGCCCUCCUCGUGAACACACAUUCUUCUCCUUUGUCAGUAUGUGUCUCCCAGCUUAGUGUCAGGAUACUUUUGAUUCAUAAUUAUGUAUGAUCCAAUGAGUACAUAAUUUCAUUUAAUGUUAUUUAAAGAAAUAGAUCCAAUUCCUCUCUUGCAACCAAAAAUAAAUAAAAUACAUUGCCUCAAUAUAAGGUUUGGGUUAUUCUGUGUUUCUAUAGAGGCAAUCUGUUUUUGGUAAAAUGUACUUUUAAGGAUCCAGUCAUCUAAAGUAUUUUAUGUAGAGUUAGAGAUUUCACAAUAUUGACUAUACACAUAUUUAAAAUAUAAAAUAUCCAACUGAUGUUUGAAUUUGUCUUACUUUCCUGACCACCUCGUUGUUCCAUUUUAUAAGGUGGGGAAUUAACUAGCUUAACAAAAGUUGCUUAGCUUUUGUAAAACAGCAAGUGUUUCAUUUUACAAAGACACUCCAAAUGAUAGUUACUUGAUUUUCUCGAGACCUUUAACUGUGGUGAUGAAAUAACAGGACUUGCUUUCAAGCCUGAAUAAAUGUAAAAUGCCUUUUAAUGAAGAUACAGCUGAGUGUUUUCCUCAUGAAUCUGAACCAAUUACAAAUUUGUGUUCCAGUCUUGAUUGGUAUUGACUGAUUCAAAUAAAGUUGGUUUAUUUUCACAUAUUA